AUGGUGUGUAAAUUAAAAGAGUUAGCGGUGCAACUGUUCGACGCGGGGGCGCUGCGUCUCGGAGACAUAGAGGCCAAGCUGGGCCGGAGGACCCCGAUAUACUUUGACCUCAGGGUCGUAGUGUCUCAUCCUAAGAUCGUGAAGGCGAUCUCUCAACAACUGCAAGUCCUGUCAUCAGGAGUGCCACACGAGCUGGUUUGCGGAGUGCCAUACGCGGCGCUGCCCUUCGCCGCUGUCAUGUCCGUCAACACGGAUACUCCAAUGAUCAUGAAGAGGAAGGAGACUAAACUGUAUGGCACUAAGAAGAUACUGGAAGGAGUAUUCCAGAAGAAUCAAACGUGCCUCGUGGUUGAAGACGUGGUCACGAGCGGUGGUACCUUAUUGGAGACGGUCAACACGUUAAGGAGCGAGGGUUUAAUCGUGACAGACGCUGUAGUAGUACUAGACCGGGAGCAGGGCGGCGUCGGUGUACUUGAGGCGAGCGGAGUCAGGGUACGGUCUAUGUUCACCAUGACAGAACUGGUCUCAAUGUUGAGAGACGCCGGCAGGAUCAGCGAACAAACAGUGGACAUAGUAUCAGACCACAUCAAGGAAUGUCAGUUCGGAGUGAAAGAUAACUGUGAUCCAGUCGAUACAUGA